AUGCCGGGCACUUCCCGCAUGCCCGUGAGCUUACGAGAGAGCUUCAACACUGUCAAGAGAUCGCGGCCGGCCAAUACGCUGCAGCUGCUAAACCUGGAUCUGUCAGUGCUGCGAAACAUUGUCUUCUUCCUCUUCGUCUUGCGAUGGACGCGACACGUGCUGCUAAAACUCAAGGGCCGCGGGCUGCUGGGCACACUGGCCGAGCUGUACGCCAACGCCCGGCGCAUCGGCUAUGGCUACUUCUUGCGCAUGCCCGGCGUACGCACCCAGGUGCGCAAGCAGGUGCACGACGCCCUCGCCAAGCUGCAGAUCAAGAUGGUGCCUGCUAGCACGACGCGCUACCUGACCCUACCCAAAGAGGGCUGGUCCGAGGACGCGGUGCGCAAAGAGCUCGACACGCUGGCCACCAUGGACCACACGCGCUGGGAGGACGGCUACGUCUCGGGCGCCGUCUACCACGGCGAGGACGACCUGCUGCGCCUGCAGACCGAGGCCUACGGCAAGUUCACCGUCGCCAACCCCAUCCACCCCGACGUCUUCCCCGGCGUGCGCAAGAUGGAGGCCGAGGUCGUCGCCAUGGUCCUCGGCCUCUUCAACGCCCCCGUCGGCGCCGCCGGCGUCAGCACCAGCGGCGGCACCGAGAGCAUCCUGUCCGCCUGCCUGAGCGCGAGACAAAAGGCCUACGCCGAACGCGGCAUUACCGAGCCAGAGAUGAUCCUCCCCGAGACGGCCCACACGGCCUUCCGCAAGGCCGGCGAGUACUUCAAGAUCAAAAUCCACAUGGUUGCGUGCCCUGCGCCGACCUACCAGGUGGACGUGCGCCGCGUGUCGCGCCUGGUCAACAGCAACACCAUCCUGCUGGUGGGGUCGGCGCCCAACUUCCCGCAUGGCAUCAUGGACGACAUCAGCGCAUUGUCUAAGCUGGCGCUCAAGCGCCGCCUGCCGCUGCACGUCGACUGCUGCCUCGGCUCCUUCCUCAUGCCCUUCCUCGAGAAGGCCGGCUUCGAGGCGGAGCCCUUUGACUUCCGGCUCAAGGGCGUCACCAGCAUCAGCUGCGACACGCACAAGUACGGCUUCGCGCCCAAGGGUAGCAGCACUGUGCUGUACCGGACCCAGGAGCUGCGCACAUAUCAGUACUUUGUCGACCCGAGCUGGAGCGGCGGCGUGUAUGCGUCGCCCGGUAUCGCCGGCAGCCGUCCCGGGGCCCUCAUCGCCGCCUGCUGGGCCAGUCUCGUGACGGUCGGCGAGGCGGGCUACCUGGCUAGCUGCGAGCAGAUUGUCGGGUCCGCCAAGAAGCUGGCCGAGCGCAUCCGCGACACGCCGGCGCUGGCGGCCGAGCUCGAGAUCAUGGGCAAGCCGCUGGUCAGCGUGGUGGCGUUCCGGGCGCGCAACCUGGACGUGUACGACAUCUCGGACGGCAUGACGGCCCGCGGGUGGCACCUCAACGCCCUCCAGAACCCGCCCGCCAUCCACGUAGCCAUGACGCUGCCCCUCUCCAAGGUGUGGGAGCGGCUGGCGGCCGACCUCGAGGCCGUCGUCGAGGAGGAGCGCGAGAAGGAGCGCGUGCGCAUCGUCGAGGGCAAGGGCGCCAAGGGCAAGGGCACGGGCGACGCCGCUGCCCUAUACGGCGUCGCCGGCAGCCUGCCCAACAAGAGCGUCGUCGUCGACUUGGCGAGGGGCUUUUUGGAUCUGCUGUACAAGGCCUGA